AUGGAGAGUACGUUCAAAGUGAUCAUCAUAGGUGGGGGCCCGAUAGGGCUCCUCGCAGCCCAUGCUCUCUACCGUGCCGGCAUAGAUUUUGUUCUUCUCGAGCGACGCCAGUCGAUCGUUGAAGAGCAAGGGGCUAGCAUCGUGUUGUACCCGCAAACAUUCAGGGUUAUGCAUCAACUCGGCAUACUAGAUGUUUUACUUCCGUUGGGGACUGAGCUCGACCAUCACUUGUCAUUUACGAAGGAUGGAAAAGUAUUCAAUGAAAGCACAAGAUACCAGAGAAUAAGGGAAAAUCAUGGUUACGGACCUGUCAUAUUUCACCGCACCGAGCUCCUUCAAGCUAUAUACGAAUGUCUACCGGAGACCAGCAGAUCCAAAAUACUCACUGGCAAAGCAUUGCAAAACAUAGAGACCCAUGAUUAUGGCAUCGCCGUCUCAUGUGCCGACGGCAGUACAUUUCAGGGGUCUAUAGUGAUAGGUGCAGACGGCGUCCACAGCAAAACCCGCCACCUGAUGCGCGAGAUCGCCCUGAAAGGAAAUCCCCUGCGCGAUUGGGAUACGGAGCAGCCAUACAAGUCAACCUUCAGACUACUAUAUGGGGCGUUCCCUGCAUCUUCUCUGCCUGGUGAAGGAUACGACGUUCAGUCCUCUGGAAAAUCUGUGGUGUAUUUCAGUGGCAAAACCCGCGGCUGGUUCUUUUUAUACGACAAACUACCCCAACCAACCACAGAGAGCAAUCGCUACAAUGAGAAAGAAGUUGAGGCACUCGCUGGAGAGUUUGCCGAUUUUCCAUUGAACGGAACGCUGAAAGUCAAGGACUUAUGGCCAAAUAUGUCAGCAACUGGUCUCACAGAUUUGCAAGAAGGAAUUGUCAAGCACUGGAGUCUUGGGAGGAUUGUGCUUGUGGGCGAUUCUUGCCACAAAUUCACGACACACUUGGGGCUUGGGUUCAACAACGGAGUUCAGGAUGUUGUGGUGCUAUGCAAUAAUCUCAGAGCCAGGGUCCGAGAGACUCCCAACGGAUGCCCAGAUGCCGAAACUCUGGCACAAGUAUUUCAGAAAUACGAAACCACCCGCAAAAGCCCAGAAUGUUCUUUGAUGACCGACCUGGAAAAUUCAGGAUUGGAGACUCGUAUGCACACUUGGUCAGGCCCCUUUUACUGGCUGUUGUCCCGAUAUAUCGCUGUUUGGUCAAUUGUGGAAGAUUUCAUCUUUCGUUUUGGCAUAUCUCCUUCGUUUCAGAAGGCCCAGGUUCUUGACUUUAUACCAGCCUUAGAGGUUAUGAAGGGCAAGUUGCCCUGGCUCUACCCAAUGGAGGAGCCGAAAUUAUGA